AUGAGCCGUGCACAAAGGCAAAUGGCACUUAGGAUGGUUCGGUCCUACAGAACCGUUUCAACAGACGGCACCAUCUUUUUGGCGUCAAUGAUCCCGGGUGGUUUAAUAGCACUCGAGCGGAAGAGGGUCACCUGUUGGAUCGAUGAAGACGGUAGCGAGGACAGCGCAGCGGAAAUAAAAUCGCAGGAGAGGGCCAUCACCAUCGAAGCGUGCGUGCACAAAUGGACGAAGAGACCCGAUCUCCCAUUCAACUACCGGUUGACUCAAGCACUGACGGGGCAUGGAUGCUUCUGCCAUUAUUUGAAUCGUAUGAACAAGGCCCCGGAUGCCACAUGCCUGUACUGUGACUUUGACGAGGAUACAGCUGAGCACACAAUUUUCGAGUGCUCACAAUGGAUCGAGCAUCGUGUGGCUAUCCGAGGUUACAUUGGCGGAUGA